AUGAUAGAUCUGCGGUUGGACCGUCCGCCGCAGACGCGGACGUGGAAGACAGAGUUGCGCUUCGGGCUUCAAUAUAAUCUGCAGGAUCGGACGUUUAAUCGGCCUUCGUGGGGGAGCAACGAGCAGAGGGCUGUUUUGGGCUGCUACUAUUUGUCGUCAUCGAUUGCGAUGCUUGUGCAGAAGAAAUCUACUAUUCUACGUCUCCCGUACCAGGAAGAGUGUUGCAAGACUCUCUGCGAAGCCAACGAAUAUCCCCACGACAAGUACGUCAGCUAUGUGAUACAGCUACAGUUCAUUGCGGAAAAGGUCGACAAUUUAUCUGCAAAGCAUGGACUUGACUUGGAAACGCCUGGGUCGGGGUCGGAGCUGUAUAUCUCGAAUCUUAAGUCGGACCUGGAUGCAUUCUACCGUCAUCUACCCUUCGAUAUCAACGACAGCUGGCUUGGCCUAUACCAACUAGCUCUCAACAUCACCAACCGAGAUCCCCAACCCCAGUUUGACUCCGACUCAUGGAAAGACGACAUGUCGUUUUCGGCACUUAUCUCAGCCAGUUCGAUCCUCAAUCUCUACAUUGAACUUCCAUCCAACGAGGAAGUCGGAUUCAACAAUACGCAAUGGGUACAGAUAGCAUUUGCCUUGCUAGUUACCUAUCGACAUACCGUGGCAGCCUCGAAGCCAGAUCAAACUGCUGCCUUCCUACAGACUCUGUCAAAAUUGAAAUCGAGGGUUGGGGCGUUGUCUACCUCUGAUGUAGAUAUGAAAGGCGCUCGAGAUGCUUUCUUCGACUUUAAGAACCGUAUAGUUCAAAUCGAGAACUGGCUUCAGGGGCAUGGUAGACAGGAAGAUAACUCCCCCAGCGAGGAGAACUUUGAAGAGUUUGAGCAUACGUUAUGCGUCGAGUCCGAGCCGACGCACUUUGACGGGUUUACGGAGGCUGCCGACACGGAGGACCUUGAUGUCACUCUGUGGAAUUUAUUUUCAUCUUCGGCAUCGGGCUUGCAAAUGCCCCAUGAUUUUCUAUUUGCAUCUUCUUCUGAACAGAUUGUGGGUGAUUGGGUAUGA